CGGCCGCUGACCUCGGCAGGUGGAGGCCGCCCCGCGGCGCCGGCCUGGCCUCCCUCUGUGCCUCCCCCAGGUGCCUGCCGAGAGCCGGCAGCCCCGCGCCCGCGGAGGCAGUGCACGGGCGGCAGGAUGAAGGGGUACCUGGACCAGCAGGUGCCGUUCACUUUCCCGCAGCAGCCUCCGGGACAGGCGGCUCCCGGUGGCGGAGCUCUGAUGGGCGCUAGGAAGAGACCCGGGGACCCGGGCUUGCCGGCGGCGCAGGAUUCGGAAGACCUCUUCCAGGACUUGAGCCAGUUCCAGGAGACUUGGCUGACGGAAGCUCAGGUUCCAGACAGUGAUGAGCAAUUUGUGCCUGACUUUCAUUCAGAAAACUUAGCUUUUCACAGUCCUCCUGCUAAGAUUAAAAAGGAGCCGCAGAGUCCCUCCUCAGACCCCACACUGUCCUGCAACCAUAAGCAGCCAUUCCAGUACCACAAUGGCGAGCAGUGCCUUUACACCAGUGCCUAUGAUCAACCCAGACAAGUUGGAAUCAAGUCCCCCAACCCAGGAACGCCGAUACAGUCACCGGUCCAACAGUUCCCUAGACAGGACAGGAGCUUCCUGACCCCUGCGGGGCCACCCCACUCCACAUCCAGCUGUGGAUACCUCAGCGAAAACAGCUCUGCGUACCAGCCACCCGUGGAGAUGUGCCAUUCCUUCCCCUCCUCCCAGGGCAUGGCCCAGGAAGACCGCAUUGCCUACCAGCGCCAGAUGUCCAAGCCCUGCCUCCAGUACCCUCACCAGGGCUUCAAACAGGAGUACCACGACCUGCAGUAUGACCAAGCAAGCCGAGCGGGCAGCAGCCAUCAGUACCCAGCAGCUGUGGUGAUCAAGCAGGAGCAGGUGGACUAUGUGUAUGACUCAGAUGUUCCUGGCUGUCCUUCCAUGUACAUAAACGCUGAGAGUUAUCCAAGCCAUUCAAAUACAGAAGAUACAUUAGGCUGCAGCUAUGACAAGCAGAUGAGGUCCUUUACAGAUGAUGUCUGUGUUGUUCCAGAAAAAUUUGAAGGAGACGUCAAGCAGGAAGCCGGAGGGUACCGGGAAGGACCUCCAUACCAGAGACGGGGAUCUCUCCAGCUCUGGCAAUUUCUUGUGGCUUUAUUGGACGAUCCGACCAAUUCCCACUUCAUUGCCUGGACUGGUAGAGGGAUGGAGUUCAAGCUCAUUGAGCCAGAAGAGGUAGCCAGGCUGUGGGGUAUCCAGAAGAACCGUCCAGCCAUGAACUAUGACAAGCUGAGCCGAUCCCUUCGCUACUAUUAUGAGAAAGGCAUCAUGCAGAAGGUGGCUGGAGAGCGCUACGUGUACAAGUUUGUGUGUGAGCCUGAAGCCUUGUUCUCUCUGGCCUUCCCUGAUAACCAGCGGCCAACUCUGAAGGCAGAGUUUGACCGGCAGAUCAGUGAGGAGGACACAGUGCCUCUUUCUCACCUGGAUCAGAGUGCCACUUAUCUGCCAGACCUUGGGAGCCUCCCUCCACAGCUUUACAGCAAAGGCUACACAUACUAGCAUUGCUGGGAGCACACUGUGCCACCCUUGCUUGUGUAUAUAAGGAGAUGUCUGGUUAGUAUUCAAUCAGUAUAAGCAUUUUUCCAGGCCAGCCUAGGGCAGCAAUAAACUAUGAAUACCUGCUUUGGUCAGGAAAAGUGUUCAGGUACACAUGUGGAGAAUCACCUGACAGUUGACAGGGCUCUUGUGUGCUUGUGAUAAGACCCUCAUAUUUGUCAGGAUGGGACUUGUUCUCAGUGAUGCAGACAUCUUAUGCUGCUCAAGCUGCAGCUCCGCUGCUCGGAUCAGAUAUGAGGAUGCUACAAUGUUGCUGCUGACUCCAUUCCUCCAGUACAUGUACUGAACCUCUGUGUAACCUGCCCUCAGCAAGGGAUGGCUCUGACCCACAUGGACUCACCUCUGCAAGGCCAGUCUUGCCUUCUCCCCAGGACAGCUGCAACACAGUGGUCACAGAUCAUAUGCCUUCCCUGUGAACUGCUUUGUGGGAAUGGGGAAUACUUGUUGUCUUGUAUGUGCAUGCUCCUGCCUUAUUACCUCCUUGCUCCUAACACUUCAGGCCAGGGCUAUCUGGUAUUUAGGCACUGUCUGAGCAGGGUAGCUGCAGGCACUGGCCGGGAUUAGAGCAGUCCUGGAGUACAUGGCACAACAUACAAUUUAGGGGAACUACAGAGCUGCCUGAUUGCAUCGGUCUGGGGCACAGGUCAAAGCCAAUGUCACCUUCAGGUAGAGGGAUUGCAGGAGGCAGCAAGGCCUGAGCCACCAGUUCAUUGUAGUGGCUUUUCCAAACUGAACAACUUCUUCAACAAACAUCCUCACGAUCUUUGAAGACCUGUCAGGCUCUUGAGCGUGCCCAUCCUGGGCUGAGCUAGAAAAUGAUCUGAGGCAAGAAAAGAACCUGGCGGAGGUGCGUUAAGAAAAUGCUUUACAAAGUAACCUAAACCAUACAUAGUUCUUAAUAUCUGAAUUUAGACUUAACCUCCACUGAUGUUUGCAUGUUUGAGGGAAAUCCAGAUGUGCUGGAAAGGCAGCUAUGUCUACAGCCCAAUGCAGCACAUGCAGCUUAACUAGACUUUGACUGGUUUUCCACAAUAGUGAACAUUUAUAAUAGGCACCACAUCCUCAUUGAGAGGUGCCUCACUUUUUAAUUAGCAGCUCCAACCAUGUGCCCAGUUAGACAAGGACCAGUACAGUGUACCCAUACAGAAAAAGCCUGUUUCCUACUGCUUCAGAUGAUUGAUGUUCCAGCUGCUGAAUACAGAGCAUUGCCAAUCCUGCCACUGUAGAGGAAACUCUGUAUAUUGAUUGAAAGCCUGAUUUCCCCUGAUGACUCUCCUCUGCAUGGCUAAUGCCAACCCUCCCAGCCUUGUCCCCGGGCAUGAGGGCCAGGAAAGGCAGCUCUCCCUGCCUGAGGAGAGGCCAGAUACUCAGAGCAGCCUGCUCUGCUGAUGCCUUUGUGUGCCCUGAGCAGUCCAGAGACUUGGUGUUCUGGCAGCUCCUGGACAUCCUGCCUUGCCCUGCUCCCACCUGGCAAGCACUCUUCCUCUGGUGUCCCAGAAGUGAGGGUGAAGGGGAAUCCUUCCAUUGGUAUAAGCUGCCUUUACUAUUUAUGAGUGUAAAAAUACUACAAUUAAUAAAUUGGUCUAUGUCUUUGGCCAGUGCACCUUCAUUCAGCCCUUGGCUAGU